GAGAUUGCUGAGUUGAAGUCAUGCCUGGCUUGGCUUUAAGAUGCUGGAUGUCGGCGACGGUAGAGCGGCUUGCGAUUUCUAGUAUAUGAAAGUUUAAACAAUUAAUAAAUGUCUUCUUAUAGUCUUGUAUAUUUGAUAAAUGUUUCUAACGUAGAAUACGAAAAAAUAGCUUGUAUUUGGAACGUAUAAUACACAUGUGUGUGUACAAUUCGACUACAUAUAAAUAUACGUUAAAUACAGUUACCUUAGGUCAGGCCGGUUGCAUUAAAUUGAUCUAGAUUAAAACAAUAAGUAUUUACUAUUAGUAAAUUAGUAAAUAACACUUUCUAAAUAUAUGAGUAUAAAUUAUCACAAAAGUAUGCAAACUUUAAUUAACUUAUUUAAAUUUAUGUACAUUAAAACCGGUGUCUAAUUACUUAAUCAUGCACGGCUACAUUGGUCGAUAAAUAUUGGAUUAUCGAAUACAACUGAAUAAUUAUGCGAAACGAAAUAGUGAUUGUUUAAUACAUACAUUGGAAAGCAGAUAAGAGAUUAGCUUAUCUUUUAUAGCACCUAUAGUAUUUAAUAAUUACGUGAAGCAUGUUAUUUUAAUCGAAUAUAUUUAUAGACUAUGAAUGUAAUAAAUAAAUUUACUUUAAUUUGCCUUUGCCUUCCUCAAUUGCCUUCUUUGCAACUUUUUAUUUUGCUGUCACUACUUUCGUCUCUAAAUAUUGAAAAAUAUAAGCUACACUAAAAAUAUUUAAAUGUCCAAAUCGCAGCAGCAAAUAAUAAUAGUGAAAUCACAACUGGUUUAAACAUUUGUGCCACAGGAUUCGAUGAAAUAUUGGAACACUGAAUCAUUAAAUGAUAGGCUUGAGAAAGUAGCAAAUAAGAAAAUAAUAUUUCGAAUUAAUGGAGAAUACUAAGCACUCAGCAUAGACACGGUGAAUAUCCAGAAUCACUUUUAAUUAAGAGAAAGCACGAAUACAUCUUGAAAAGGUGAAAUGCAUGCUAUCUUAGUAAAAGUGUUCAAUGUCAAUGACGACAUUUGCAUUCUAUGUUAAAAGCAACAUUUCACGCUAGAAGAUAUAAACAUGUAUAUAAUAUUUUUUAUAAAUUUAAAUGUGACGAAUACUUGAAGCAGAAUAAUUGAAAUACCGAUAAAAUUCCCAAACGUUUGUUUUUCUCUCAAAACACGGGUUCCAAAAGUAAUUACUUUACUUUUGGGUCGGUACAAUUGAAAUAAUAAAUGUUCGCCGCCAAAAUCUUGCAAUAAUUAGAACAAUACCGAACCAGCCCGGAAAGGAAACAAACGCUAUAUUUCAGACUCGAAUCCACCUAAAUAAACUCUGGUUCGACCAAUAAUGAUAUCGACGAGAAAAGAUAAAGAAAUAUUUAGAAACCCAUGAAACAACAUUUCGCGUAAUAACAACGAUGUUUUCACAAUUGCCAAUGGCCGUAUAAAACGGGCAAAUCGUGUCCCAAUCGGCAUCAAUCUUGCGAAGUAGCCUCGAAGAUGAAGAUUCCAUCGAUACUCGCGGUGUCCCUGCUGGUUUGGGGUCUGGCCAGCGCAAGCAAACCACUCAUUGCCAAUGCGCAAAUAGGAAAGGUCAAGACCGAAACGUCAUCGUCCUCAGAAAUCGAGACGUUGGUGUCAGGAAGCCAGACAUUGGUGUCAGGAAGUGAGACAUUGGCUUCGGAAAGCGAGGCAUUGGCGUCAGAAAGCGAGGCAUUGACGUCAGAAACCGAGAUAGCGAGCUUGACAACUGCCACGAAGGACGAGCUCAUACUAAAGGGCGAACCUAUCCUUGGGAAGAAACUAGGAACCGGGGCGUCGGAAGUAGCGGCGGCCGCCGCAGCAAUCGCGACGAAGGCUAGCUUAGAGGCCGCAGAGGCUGCUGAGGAAGCUGAAUCGGCCGUGGCCUCGGCCAGGGCUGCCUCCGGAAAGGCGGAAACGCUCGCAUCGACCGCCGCUGCUGCGAAUGCCCGUGCUGCUCUCCAAGCGGAAAAAUCGAACGAGCUAGCGCAAGCUGAGGCUGCAGCCGCCGCCGAAGCCCAGGCUAAAGCCGCCGCUGCUGCCAAGGCAACACAACUCGCCCUUAAAGUUGCCGAAAUUGCGGUGAAAACGGAAGCAGAUGCAGCAGCUGCCGCCGUUGCGGCCGCAAAAGCCAGAGCAGUCGCAGACGCAGCCGCAGCUCGUGCGACCGCAGUGAACGCCAUUGCUGAGGCGGAAGCAGAAGCCUCGGCACAAGCGGAAAGCGCCGCUGGUGUAGCACAAGCAGCCGCCUCCGCUGCUGCGGAAGCACAAGCUUCUGCAUCUGCCGCUGCGGCGACUUCAGAGGCAUCCGCCGAAGCUGGUGCAUGGGCAGGAGAGCUUAAGUUACCUCCGUUGGCACGUCUUUCCCCAUUGAAGAAGGAAAACACCGAAGAAUGGUCAGUGAAAAGAGGUUCAACAUCUUCAAGCAGAGUAUAUUCUAGAAUAGAGCAGAAGCAAAGGAGAUGAUUAGAGACACCAGUUUAGUAAAUGCGAAUCGAAAUUGUACGAAUGACAUUAUUAAAUUGUUCUAGCAAAUGAGCAAAAAUUUCACUCUUCUUCCUGGCAUAUACCUGUUCCUUUGUUCCUUGCCUCACCGUCGUUAGGGAUCCAUGAUAGCGUAGAAGUUAAUAAUUCGUCAAACGUAUGUUAGAACAACCUCGUGGAAUCCCUGUAAUGUUAUUUAUAAUAUCAACAUCAUCAAAAAUUAUUCUCAAGGAAUGGUUGAACGUCGUGUAUUUCGAUAUAAGUCUGAACACGUACCUGUUUACAGAAAUGACAUUCAUGGUAUAAGACAGGAUCUCUAACGCUUGAAAUACCACGAACUUGUUCCGAGAUCGGUGAUUCAGAAGGUUACAGUCUCUUCACUCGGAAGAACGAUGCCACUAGGCAACUUUCCCUUUCUUCUUUACUUUCCUCCGUGAUAUCGCGCGAUUUUACUUUGCGAUCACUUUUCAUAAUUUCAGCUUGUUAAUUAUGCAUAACAGAAUGAUAAAACGCGAUUGCGCGGUUAAUAAAUUUAUCGUACACCGAGCAGGUUCGUGGUAACUGGCGAACGUUAAAGAAACGGUAUUAUCAGCUCCAUUUUUUUAAAGUUCGAUCGUAAUUUCUAUAUUGCGUACGCUUGUUACGUAAACGCUAUUAACCAUAAGGUACCUAGACCCGAUUAGCUUCCUACUUGUUGGCUCAAAUGGCCCGGAAGAAACUCUCUAUGGCCCGUUAUUAUUGUUUUCUUACGCGACAGUAGUGCUCUCGAGAGAACGCCGCUUCUUUAAUUGGCCACAAGAUACUGUAAUGAAACAGCGAAAGUUGGUUAAAAAGAAUAUAGUUUAACAGACACGAAACAUCGCCGUCGAAAUUUCUGCAUCAACCCUACGAAACGGGCACGCGUGCAUCCUAAUCGCUUGGCAAUUACCAUCGAGUAAGUAUAUGCGAUACGCUUUUACAAGUUUUUAUAAUGGCAAACUCGUGAUGUGGUAAGCGAUGUUUUGUGAAAGAUUCGACUGUUUCAGCCUCUAAGAGAGCGCAUCGUGCGUGGUAGAACGACGAAACCGGCGAACGAAAGGAGAACGGGUUAGCCCCAGCCUCUUUUCCUCGAAUACAAUGACGAUUUCGCGACACGUGACCCGAUCACGAACAAGUUGUUAGUCCCCUUUGUUCGACGUUGUAAAAUUGAUGCUCACUGAACUGAAUAUAAUAUACUUUGUCACGAAUUUGGAUUCAUAUAAACUUUUACUUCGAUUUGUACCUUAUGCUAAAAUUACGAUAGAAAACUUGAAUCAAAUAUCCAUAGAGCGCUAAUUAAUACAUUAGCUAUCGACGAUCUGUUGAAAGUACAAUUGGUUACAGAUGUAUUCUUCCAACUUUUAGUAACGUUCGUUAAACUAAUUAUUCUUAAUAUAUUACAUCGUUAUUUCUUCAUAAUAUUUAUGCCAGUGAAAGACUUAACUAAUAUAGCGCGUAUCUUUAUUAAAUCUUUAUUCUCCUAUGGAGAUAUCAAUCGUAUAGAUGCACUAAUUAAGAGAUCACGAAUACUUUUGGGACUCUCUCCUAAUUAAUCGAAUCAAGGAUUCUUUGAUCACCACUAAUGAAUGAAUAAAAAUAGCGGCCCAAGAAACUUGGUAUAACAAAAUCAAAGAGGAAACGAGGAAAAAAAGGAUGAAAGAUCCGUAAACCAAAUGGUAACCCACUUUGUCAUAUGUAUCGCUCUCAAGUGGAAUACAUUGGUUGUGGAUUUGAUUCGAUUUACAUAUUUCGAUGGUGUGAGAGCA